CAUGUAGAAACCUUUACACCUCACCGUAUAGUUCAUUACUAUGAUUAAUCGUUCCUUACGGAGAAAAUAGAUUUCGUGUUUUCAAAGAUGUUAUGGUAAAUAUUAAACGUCGUAAUAUUCAAAACCGCCAAUGCAUUUCCGGUCUCAAGCAGACAGCCCGAAGAUGGCACCAAGAAAUUCAGCGAGAAAAACUUCGAGAUAUAUGAAAUAUUUGAGUAUUUGGAUUGGAUUUGUAUCAUUAAUGGCAUUUGGGAAUACGAUACAGUGUUUCGUUGACCAUAGCUUUCUAUAUUCUCGACUCUACACUGUUUCUGAAUCGAAUGUGAAUGGACUGGUUGCUCGACUGUUCGGUAUAUGGACUCUUAUUUCAGCUGCUUUAAGGCUCAGCUGUGCUUUUGACAUCUACAACAAAGCUUUGUACAACCUGACACUGUUUUCAUUCCUGGUUGUGUUUGUACAUUAUGUGGCCGAGAUCCUGAUCUACAACACUGUGGAGUUGUGUGUUGGUGUCACAGCCCCAUUCAUUGUCUCCUUUAUCUCCAUCGCCUUCAUGAUUCAUGGCUACCAGUAUCUGAGCCCCGCCAGGGUCCCCCAGAACAAUGAAAAUGAAGAAAUCAGCAGCAAGUUUAAGAAGAAAUAUGGAUAACUGAACAAAUACCAAAAUCUAGUAGCUCUAGUCCACAUGUUAUAGUUGUAUACUAAAGGCAAUAUUAAUGUACUUGUGAAGAUAUUUGCUUGUCAAGUCACAAUUAGUCUUUUCCCUUGAUAUAUCACCAAGUUUUAACAUAAUAAUGUAUUUUACAUGGUUGUUUAAUUGAAGGAUACAGGUUAUCUUUGCUAUCAUGAAUUAAUUUCUCCUGUCAACAUGGUCAAGUGACCCAUGACACUUUAAGAAUAUUUCACUCUGCAUCCUCAGGACAGGAAAUGUGAUUUUAUUGUUGGAAUGAUAUUUUGUUCUUGUUAACUAUUGUUAAUCAGAAACCUAUUGUUUGGUAUGGUGAUAUGAUGCCAGUUUGCGAUGUCAUGUUUUAUUAUGCGCUGCCUCCAUGUGAAACUUGCUUGUUACAGUUUCAAGUUGUUCCCCAGGCAGUCAUGGACAAUAUUUACUUGAUUAUAGUCUAUCAGAGUAAGAGUGAGAAUAAUUCAUUGAUUGUGAUUCCCUUGAUCUCAGUGCCAAGUAACAGUGACUCACAAUUGUUUGUCAAAUGUACAUGGGAUUUAUCUUGGCCUGCUCAGAGGCCGAUUGGACUGACAUCUUGUCACUGAAAUGAAGAUAUUUUACAGAAAAAGUGGUUAAAAUAUCUUAUUAAAAUAUAAUAAAAAGGAGCCAAGAGACUUUCAUUUUCAGAAACUGCAGUAGUAUAGACUUGCCACAUAUUGUAGACUUGAAUGGGCUAUAUCAUAUAGUCUGCAGCAAAUGUCAGUAAAAAUUCAAAAAUUGGAAUUAAAAUAUUCCAAAUUCAUGUUAAUAGAGUUAUAACUAUAAAUUGGUUUUGUUUGUUUGUUGUUUAACGCCACACUCAGCAAUAUUCUAGCUACAUGACGGCGGUCUGUAAAUAAUGGAGCCUGCACCAGACAAUCUAGUGAUUGACAUCAUGAGCUUCGAU